AUGAAUUUUUUAAUUCAUGUAACUGUUAGGCGUGCGUACGGCAAAUCAUUUGAGUUUGCAAUUAAUCAAUGGGAUGGAUGUGAUUUUGACCCAAGGAUUAGUAUAAACCCGAAGUAUUUUUAUGAGAUACCCGAGGUUACGAUAAAUAAUGUAGAAUUUUUAUUCAAAGAAAUAUCUGGCAAUUUCAUGGAAAUCAACUUAUUAGAUGAUCUUAAAAAAAUUAAUGAUUAUUCGGCUAAGAUAGGAGAAUCAAUCAAAGAAGGGUUAUUAUUAGCGUUUAACAUCCUUUCGUAUUUUUCUGAAAAUCACAAUGAAUUCGUCAAAGGAUGGAAGAAUGAUCUUGACUCUCGAGGGAAAAUCAAUGAUCUUGACUCUCGAGGGAAAAUCAAUAAUCUAACUGAUCCGCAUUUAAAUUUUAUUGACGAAUCCUUCGAAAAUUGCAAAAAAAUUGCUGAUCGAUUUAGUGAAUUUCACGAAUUUCUUAACAGUGGAAUUAUGAAACUUGAAGAGUCACUUCGGAAAAUUGAAAAUAAAUCGGAUAAAAAAAUAUAUGAACAAACGUUAGAAAAAAAGAAGAAUAUCGACGAAUGGCAUCAAAAAUCCAAUGAAAUCUUUAAUUUUACAAAUUAG